AUGGGGCCGCGGGAGCCGCGCCGCCGGCUGGAGGCGGUGCUCGGCGCCCUCUACGACCUGGGUGGGUGCGUGGGGCUGGGCCGGGCGCUGCGCCGGCACCACGGUGAGGAGCCCGGCGGCGCCCGGGGCGCUGCGGAGGACGGCGAAGCGAGAGCGGUGCCACCGACGGCGGAGAAAGAAGAGGAGGAGGAGGAGAGACGGGAGCCGCAUCCGGCGGCGGGCGGGCGGCGCGGGGCCCGCGGCUUCUUCGGGGAGCUGCGGGCCGAGCUGAGCGCCGCCGGCGCUGCCCCGCCGCCCCCCGCCGCCCCGCCCGCCGUGGAGGUGGUGGUGUUCCGCGGGAGGAAGAGGAAGGAGCGGCACGGCCCCGCGGCAGCGCCCGCCGCCGGAGCACAGACCCAAAUAGGGGAUGAAGAGAAAAAUGCAGUCAGACAAGAAUUUAACUUCGAAAAGGCUCGCCUGGAAGUGCACAAGUUUGGAAUCACUGGCUACAAGAAGCAAGAGCAACGUGCUUGGGAGCAGGAGCGUGCUAUCAUGCUGGGAGCCAAGCCCCCCAAAAAGGCACAUGUGAACUACAGGACUUAUCAAGAGAAACUGAAAGAGAAAAAAGCAGCGAAGGAUGCUGAUAAGGAAAAGGAACAUAAAGGUGACUCUCUUAAGAAGAAGAAGAAACAGAAAGAACAGAAGGAGAGGAAGGCCAAAAGGAAGAAAUCAGUGCCUAGCAUUUGGCCUGCAGGACAAGUUGGAAAAUUCAGAAAUGGGACCUUGAUACUGCAAAGCCGUGACAUAAAGAAAAUUAAAUCAUCUAAAGUUAGCAAAUGAACUUCAUAAUACAGAGUGAAAUGGACAAUAUGCAUAAGAGAAUUCACAUUGCUGCCAACACAGACUUCUGGGGCCUUUUGCCUAUCCACCACUAAUUUUUUAAUCUUAUCUGUUAUUGCAGGAUUUUUCUGUACGAUUCUGCUUUGGGAUGAAUAUUAGAAUUUACCAUUUUAUAAAUAAAAAUUAGGUCUUAUUUAAGAGGGUUAUGCAGGCUAUUUUUAUUAGUUAAUAAAAAUAGCGUUAAAGAAAAUUAUGUGCUAAAGAAAACAUUUCUUUUUGUAGAAUCAGCUUCUUGGCUGUAAGUAAAAUACUAAUUUAAUCCAUAAAUUAAUGGAUUAAUAGAUAUAUAUCUGUACUUUAAUAUGGAAAGAAUAUGAAAACCAAUAUCUUAUUCACUCUGAACCAGAAGUGAUGUUCUCCAAACCUUUAUUGGACAUAAAUCUGUUUCUGUAUCCUUACGGAUUAUUAGUGGAUAAUGGAACUUCACAGUCAUUUUUUCUGUCCAGCAAAACCUCUUAAGGUUUCAAAAUUACCUGCUUUAGAAUGAAAAUAAUAUUUUUCUGAAGUUUUGUCCCAGAUAAGCAUUACACACUCAUCUUGUAUAUCUCUGUAGAGAUCUACAAAUGAGCACUUUGGAAUAGUGGUUUGGUGGCUUGGUUGAUAAAACAAAACCAUGUAACACUGAGCCAAAUGAGCAGGAACACUCAAGAAUUCCAGUUACUGGAACUUAUGUUUGUUUUAAUUCCAGGCCUCUUAAGGCUUUUCUAUGAAAUCUUUACCAAAACUGCCUUUUGGUGCUAUUUGGAUUUCAGCAGUUGUGUUUCUGGAACAACACUAUUUGUCUUCUGUAGCUAUAAAUAUUUUAUUUUGUUUCUUUUAAGGUCUAUCGAUUAGAAAUGGCAAUUGUUAGCAACACUUCCAAAACGAAAAUUCAGUAUUUUAGGGGGAGACGAAGAUAAGGAUAACUUAAAUGACAGAAUUUGUACUGUGUUGUAAGGAGAUGUGGAACUUGUUGGAACAGCUCUGGCAGUGAGGCAUGGAAAACAGGAAGGAAAACAGCCCUUACUGCAGUGACUUGUUCUGGGUGUACUGGUACCCCUGUGGGCUGUCUGUGUCAGCUUGCAGCAGGAAAAUAGAACAGCACAUCAGAGGCUGCCCCACUCCCAGGAUGGGAAAAUGUUCUGGGAUAGGGAGGGCCACACCAAGGACAGGUGCUGCUUUCUGGCACACUGCUUCUCCCACACCUUCCACCUUACUUGCAGAUCCCGGGGAAGGGCUCUGCCAGCACAGAGAGGAGCAAGAGGAGGGAGAGGGCUUGGCGGGAUCAAGUGCCAGAUAAAAAGCAGAAGGGAGUGUUUCUGGAGCCAUGUAGGAAGAGAAGGGGUGUGCAGAGUUUGGUUGCUAAAUGCUGUUAUCACAUUUCAUAAUUGCAUAAUUUGAUUUCUUCUUACUCAGUAUUGGUUGCAGAUUCAAACUGGAAUUAAGAUUCCUGUCUGGUUACAGACUUAAUGACUUAUUUGACAUUAGAGAAAUGUCAAAUCACUAUGGUGUGUGAAGGUGUAACCACUAAGAAGAAUUUAGUACAGAGCAUCAAGGCUUGUUGAGGCAACAGAUGGGCUUUGGAUGUUGUAGGAUAAACUGUAUUUUGUAAUUCCUGGUUAAUCCUUGAUCUUAGUUUUUACUGCUCACUUCCUGAUAAAGUUUUGUUCACUUUGUGUAUAAUGUGGGACUUUAUGUUCUCCAUCAGCUUUGGUAAGUUAAAAUACUCACUUUCCUCCUCCACAGCUCCCAAAAGCUAUUUGGGAGUGAAACUUGGUCAGAAUGGAGUGUAACUUUUGCAGUUGAGCUUGUAAGAUCUAUGAGAAGUUGAAAAAAAUCAAUUCUUAAACUAAAAAGUUGAAAACUGAAAUGCCAGGUUGACAUUGGAACAUGAGAGUUUUUGGGGGAAGGAAACAAAAAGUUUAUUGAAAGUUUUGCAUUUUCACACUUGUUUAAUGUGGGUAUGCAUUAUGAAACCUUCUGUUGCAUGGAGAUCUGCUUGCCUUUUCAUAUCUCUCCAAGGUGUUUUGAGCUGGGCACACUACAUUCUUUUGGAAUGCUGUGCUCAGGUAAACAUGGUACUUUCAGUCCUGAUUUGUUACUAGAUGCAUCAACAACACUGGCAAAGGAGACUGUUGAGAGCCUGCUGCACCUAGUGUUCCUCUGGGCUGGCAUGUGCUGGUGAUGAACAGGGUAUGCAAGUGUACCAACAGCAAGCUGUGUUGGUUUUGGAACACGUGCUGAUACAUGAAACCCAGUCUUGACUUUAUAACAUUGAUUAUGGAAAGAGGAGAGCAGGACACAUCUUAUUUUGUCCCUCUUCUGCAGUUGCAUAGAGGAAUGAGGUAUAAAGGAAGAACUUAAGGAUUUCUCCUUGUCUGCUCUCUUUCUCAUGCCUUUUCCUACAGGAGUUACCUUUAUUCCCUGUUUCCCUGUGUGUUAAGCCACAUGUGAUUAUCUUUUUUUCCAUCAAACCCUUUGCCAUGAAAGAGUUGAUGACAAGUUGUGUUUUUGCAGGAGAAAAAAAGAAAGGCUGUGAUUGAUGGUGUCUCCACACUGUUGUCUGUACUUUCUCCUGAUUGUUUUGGCCAGGCUCCUGUUUCCUAUCCUGGCGUUGCUGUUGCUGUCUCAGAAUGCUUUAUUCUGCCUUACUGACAGACAUCUGUGGAGGUUCUGUAGCUCUGUGAGUGCCUUUUUGCAGGGCUGGGUGUGCUGCCUCUGAAGCACUGUUGGGUCCCUCCCAGGCCAUGUGCUUGGUAGAGGUGUGCAGCUCCAAGACUGUUGGUGAUUUCAAACCAUCCACAAAGUCUGUGUCUUCCCUGCCCUGACAAGCUUUCUGCCCAGUCUUUUACCCAAAGAGCUUUCCAAUGAGAAUCAAUUGAUCCUAUGGUUUUUCCCAACCUCUGCUUAUUCCAGUGUUAGAAACUUCUGGAGACCAGGGGAUUUCCCAAAGUGUCUAAGGUGGGUCACAGCUAUCCCAAGUGUUCCAUAACCAACAUAAGCCAGAGCUAGCAAAAUGAUGCUGAGAAAGAAAAGGGUUUCAUGCCACUGAAUCGGGAUAGGUCUGAAGUUGAGGCACACAUGGUAGCUCUUGGCUUUCUCCAUUUACUGGAUUAUUCUUGACUGUGGUAACAAAACAGUAUCAACAGUAGGAGAUGCAUGCAAACUGCAUGAAUGCCUCAUCUACAUGAUGGCAUAAUAUUUUUAAAUCACAAUUUGUAAUAAUAAAUAGGGUACUGCUGGAUUUGUUGGCAAUGUUAUAAGAAUUUAUUUAGAAACUGUAAAACAGCAUAAACUUAUAUGUCAGGUUUUCCAAAAGGGUAAUAAUAGUAAUAAUACACAAAGUUUUAGUUGGACCAAAAGACAAAAAGCAGUUUGUUUCUAAUUCAAAAAAUACAAACAUUUGCUACAGGUACAAAAUUAUAAAAAGUUUGUAUUUUCCUCUUGAUCUGGUGACAGACACAUAUAGCAGAGAUGUAUAUUUCACCAGCUCCAAAUUCAUAUAAGCUAUGGGAAAUGACAGUAAAGAAAAAAAUGUGGUUAAGAAAACAUAGAAACAAUUUUGUCUUUCAUUUGACCAGAAUUGAACACCAUUUUCUUAUUCCUUUGCAGUUUUUUAGUUGCCAACAUUUAAAUUAGUGUUACUCAUGCUUCAUAUAACAAUCAGAAAUAACAGCAGGUUUACCUCAUGCAUUUAUUUUUAAUAUUCAUCACAUAAUGUCUUCUCACCAUGCUACCUAGGAAGGUUAGUGUUUUUAUUGACAACAUUUAAGGGAGGUGAAGGAUAAAAGAAUGCAAUUAGGAUCCAGGAAUACUUCUAUCUACUGCUUCACAAGAAAAUGUUAGAAAUUCUCCAAUUACCAUGAAAAAUAUUUUUUUUAAUUAAUUCUGCUUGGAACUGUUUGCAAUAACAAAUGUAACAAAAAGGUCAUUUAACAGAAGGGGAAAGUGCUGCUGAGUGCCUCUGUCAGUGAAACACACAUCUGUCUCCUGUAUUGUGCAAAGAUGCAGGAGCCCCACACAUUUAGUCUCUGAGGUUUGCACAUGGGCUUCUGCACCUGAGAAGACCAAGUGUGUCUUCUUAGUGAGGGAUUUGUGCUUCAAGCUGCUGCUCCACCUGGCUGUGUGUCUGCAGCAUCCAGUAGAGCUGGGCAGAGGAACCACCAGAAAUGUUGUCAGUAAAAACUAGAAGCAGCUCACUUUUUUUUUCCUUAAAAAAAUAAAUAAAUAAAAGGACUUUCCAUCUUUACCUGGUAAAUUUUAGUGACACGUGGCCUUUACAUUUGCAAUGUGGUUGAUUUGUAACUGUAAUCUCCCUUCCAAAGUUGAUCUAGCCAAGAUGCUUGGUGUUUUCAUAUUAUUUUGCCUGAUUCAAAACUGAAUUCUUGGUUUUGCUAUUCAAGCAGAAUGCUGCAAAGCUGGUAAGGCCUGAGAUAAGGUCUAACAACUCUCCUUUCCUCAUCUAUCUGUUUGUGACCAAAGGAUGUACUAGAUGGCACCAGAAAGCUGCUGUUCCCAGGUCGUGGAAUUCUGCAUCCCUUCUCACAGGGAUGGGUGACCUGAACUGUGGUCCAGAAAUGCACUACUCUUGUUGGCAGUCGCAAACACAGUGUUUGUCAUACAGUGGUGGUGGCAGCUUAGCCUUAAUCUCAUCUCUCCUACCUUAAGAAAUAGUAUCAUGUAAGAAAGAAAAAAAAAAUAGCUGCAUCUCACAUUUCUUCUUGCCCUAAAACAAUGGGGAAACCAGAGUGCUCUCUGCCAUCUUUACUAACUAUGCUUUGAGGAAAGAAAAAAAAAGAAAUAAAAACCAACUUUCACAGCACUACCACAGAACUCUAUCACCAGCCAAGAACUACAGCAAUACACUAUCAUGGCGUUAUUUACAACAUGAUGGAACAUUAUGCAUACAAUAAAUUACAUUUAAUACUUUUCCUCUUAAACUCUGAUAAAUGUAAGCUCAUGCUUAUUUAUUUUUUUCAGUCCAAUAUAUUUUCCUCUAUGUAUCUUAAGUGCAUAGGCAAGUAUAGGAGGUGACAGUGCUGUUUGCCUAUCUUUUCUAUGAUUUUAGAAGCCUAAUUGCUUUCCAAAUUUGUAUACAUCACAGUGUGCUACUGUCCUCACUGAGAUUUAUUUUAUAGCACAUA